CAUCGUGAGUUCCUUAAAAUUGAAAAGUAACCGUCACUCACAAGCUUUCCACUUCGUUACAAAGCAGCUAAACUAGUUAUAAACUAAAAGAAUUUACUACUAUUACAAAAACCAAACUAAAAGUAUUUUCUAUGCUUACAAAAACAGAAUCAUGUUUACGCCAGAUGAAUCAACUUACUGAAGUAGAGGUGCCAAAUUAAUUCGCAGGGCAGCACGACGUAAGAACAUAAAAGUGUGUUUGCAUAUAUUAACAUUUUUUCUAUAUCGAAUUACCAUUCCCUGGCGCCCCCAAAAAUUCUGCUGUAAUCUCGAUGUCUACGACAGCGUCUAGGAAUUGGCUGCGCAAACACAUCAAAGUGGGCAAAAGUGAAAUAUGUGGACUCACCUGGCGCCAAUUGGAUGGGGGUAGCUGCGCUAAAGACAAUGAUAAUGAUAAUGAUAAUGGAAAUGAUCACCAUGUCUAUGAUGAUGAGGAGAAUCCAUAACACGAAGCGAAAGAGAUACUCGUAUACGAAUAAAUAAAAAUAGCCACCAAUCAGGCGGCCAGCAACACCAACAGCAACAACAACAAGACACCGAGCCAAGACAAGUCAGGAAUGAAUAAACUAUGAAGUGUACUGGUUGUUGUUGGUGGCCACAUAUGUAGCCGCUCCAUCGUUCUGGCCGAUCAGAAAUUUUAUAAAUGCCGCCGUCUGUCCAGAGCCGAUUUACAGUUUGCCAUUGAACCUGGUCGGGCGUUCGCCAAAUCAUCGAGCGGUCGAAUUGCGUGGUGCCCUCACACACAUAGCUCAGAUCCAUAUCCAAAAUCCAGAAAUGAUGCUGCUCCAGCUGAGCUGCUUGGCCCUCUUCUGCUGCUUGGCCAGCGGUGCCUCCAACUUCCCUCCCGAACUGCCUCGCUGCCACACGGGCGACACCAGCUGCAUCAUCAACGUGUCCCACAUGCUCAUCCGACAGCACGCGAGGACCGGCUAUCCGUCCGCUGGAUUCCCCCAGGUGGAGCCCUUCCUGAUCAAGCGCUUCGACAUCUCCGACGGACGCACUGGCUCCCUGAAUCUCAAGCUCAACUUUAAGGACGUGAAUGUGGAGGGCCUGUCCAGCGUGAAGUUCGAUAGAGCUGUUGGCUUUGGAGCUGAUCCCGCAACGAGCAAGUACGAGAUGUACGGAUCGUUCCCCAAGAUCGUGCUGAAGGGCAAGUACGUGGCGGAUGGACGCAUCCUGAUCCUGCCGAUUCGCGGCGAUGGCGAUGCCGAGAUCGUGCUGCACAACCCCAAGUUCUCCGUGAAGUUCAAGCCGGGCACCCAGCUGCGCAACGGACGCACCUACCUAAGCGUGGAUAAGCUCAAGGUGCUGGUGGAGCCACAGAAGAUGAACAUUCGGCUGGAGAAUCUUUUCAAUGGCGACCAGGCAUUGGGCACCAACCUCAAUCAGUUCCUCAACGACAACUGGACGGAGGUGUGGAACGAGCUGCAUCCCUCCAUCCACGUGGCCAUCGCCGAGAUCAUGAAGAGCGUCCUCUCGCAGCUGUUCAAGCGGUUCGCCUACGAGGAUCUCUUCCUGGAGAACUGAUGGAGAACUAGUCAUCCGUCAUCCAUCAUCCGCCAUUCGCCAUCCGGCAUGGGCAUUAGGCUAAGUGUACGAGUAUUUCCUCACCAGCUACUCAGCUAUUCACUCACAUGGGGCGUUGCAUUCCGGCCAUUGACACAUCAUCAUCAGCAUAUCUGCUAAGCUAAGCUUUAACUUGUAGAAUAAACAAAUAUCUAAGAAAACUGGUUGUGCUUCUGCCAUUUGGGGGUUCCAUUGUUAGCUCAA